GAGGCGGCAAUCCCCCGGGCCAGUUUAAAGAGCGUGGCAAAAGGUGACAGGAAAAGAGCGUGUUGGUCUAUUCAUUUAGGCAACACUUUAAUGGUAUAAACAUUAUCCGCCGCUCCUUGGCCGCCCUUGUCCGCCGCGCCCGCCACGCUCGCCGCCGCCCAUUGGCCCGCCGCCCGCGCGCCCCGCCCCCCGCCGCCUGCCUGCGCGCCAGUGGCCGGGGCGCGGCGCGGGGAGGGGCCAGGCCGGGCGGGGCGCGGGAUAAGUGCCCGGGGCCCGCCGCCGCCCUAUAGUCCGCCACCGCCGCUGUUCGGGUCAUGGUGUGCCGCCGCCGCCGCCGCCCCGCCACCUGAGCCGCGCCGCGAGAGGCGUCCCUUCGUCUCCGCCGCCGCCGCCACCGCCGCCACACCGCCGUCGUGCCGCGCCGCCGCCGCCGCCAUGUCCGGCGCCACAGUGAACCCCGCCGCGGGGGACGCCAAGCCGCAGUCCGCCUUCAGCGCCGUUGUCAGAAAGAGUUUCUCGUCGUUCUCAGUGGACUCCAUCCUGAGCGGCGGCGAGCCCCGCAACGCGCGCCUCGCUGACGAGGCCGCCGACUCGCCACGCGGGGCCCUCGGGGGCUGCCCCGGACCCACACACGCCCAGGAGUUCCUGCUGCGCCAGGAGCGGCAGGGCAACGCCUCGAAGAAAUGCCGCGGGGUCCGCUCACCGUCGCCCUCCGCGGGCGCCGAGGACGAGGCCGAGGAGGACGUGCACGUGGAGACGGACACGGAGGACGAGAAGGAGCGCGAGGCCUCGGAGCGGCUGCUGGCGCGGCCCGUCAUCCGGCCCACGGCGCUGGGGCCGCUGCAGGACCCCCGCCUGGUGGGCCUGGGCCACGCCGGCCCGCCGCCCCCCUCGCUGCUGCCGCCGCACCUGCAGGCCGGGCUGUGGCCCUCCCUGCCGCUGCUGCACCACCAGCUGUCCCUGCGGGCCCUGGCCAAGACGCCGGAGCCGCCGCGGUUCCACGGGCCCGUCAAGGUGACGCUGCGGAAGCACAAGCCCAACCGCAAGCCGCGCACGCCCUUCACCACGCAGCAGCUGCUGUCGCUGGAGAAGAAGUUCCGCGAGAAGCAGUACCUCAGCAUCGCCGAGCGCGCCGAGUUCUCCGCCUCGCUCAGCCUCACCGAGACGCAGGUCAAGAUCUGGUUCCAGAACCGACGCGCCAAGGACAAGCGGCUCAAGGAGUCCGAGAUGGAGCGGCUCCGCCUCGCCUCCGAGCCGCUGGUGCCGCCCAACCCCUUCCUGCCGCCCGCCUCCCUGCUGCCGCCCCUGCUGCUCAACAGCCCCUUCGUCCAGGGCGGCAUGCGCCACCCCCUGGGGCCGCCCACCGUGCCGCCGCCCGCAGCCUCCCCGCCCACGUCCCACUAGCGCCCCGUGACCCUGCCCCGCCCCGCCCCGCCCCGUGGCACUGCUGCCCCGCCCCUGGGCCGCCACGCCCGGGGCCGGGCCUUACUGCCGUGUACAUACUGUACAGCGCUGCCGUGUAUAAUGAGGUGUCUGCUUGCCAAAGAGCGUAAUAUGCAUUAUAUUGUUUAUCUUGUUUAAUCUAAUUUAUAAUGAUAACGAUAACAAUAAAGGUAUUUUUAUA